AUGUCGCGCCAACUUAUUUCGAGCGAGAAGUUCCCCCCUAAGCCACAUAACUGCCCUGCUGUUAAGGUCCCUGGUCUUGUAUUCUGUGCGGGUCAAACAGCAACAGGUGAAAUCAAACAAGCAACUAGAAUCGCGUUGCAAAACCUGAAAGAGGUCUUGGAGCUUGCUGGGUCAUCACUUGAACAAGUGGUGAAAUACAAUGUGUAUUUGGCCGAUAUGAAGGACUUUUCGGCGAUGAAUGAGGUUUACAUUGAUUUUCUACCGCAGCCGAUGCCAUCUCGAUCAUGUCUCCAGGCUCUUGCACCGGGGAAGGACACUGUCAUUGAAAUUGAAUGCAUUGCACAAGUUUGA